AUGCUUACAGCAUGUGAUACGUCUCUCUCAAGAAGACUGAGUCAGUUAGUAAUCACAAUUAAAUGUGCUACAUUUUCUUCGUCGUGUAAAAGCUUAUUUAGCAAAAGCGGUGAUUUGUUCGCAGACUUAUUAGUUGACAAUACUUUUGUUUACAAGACCAAAGUCUGCCGUAAGACAUGGAAUCCUACAUGGAAUGAGUCUAUCUCCGUUAUUGCAUCUCCAAAGAGCAUCAUCCAAAUAAAGGUCUUUAAUCAUUUCAAAUUAGGACCUGAUGUGUUAAUUGCGGUUGCAGCCAUCAAUCUCUUCUCUAUACUCAUCGAGCAUAACGGUAUUCUUUCUAAAUGCGAACUGAGGUUAUCCCUAUUCCAAGGAUGUGAUUAUAAAGGAUCAGUAUUUGUGAUGCUGGAUAAGCUUAACAUGUGUGUACAAAAUCUGGAAGACGGAAAUAAUGUGCUUGACAAUUUGCCACAAGUCCCCUCUAGUUCGAACAGAUUAGACCCUACAUCUAUUCAGUAUCAAAGAUCUCAUCAUCAGUUAGUAAAUGGAUAUACUACUGUGAUUACAACUGAUGGUAUUCAACGUCCAAACGGAUCUAAUCCACACACGGAACUUACCAUUUCUAGUGCACCCAGAGUACCAGCAAAUCAACAUGAUAGGGAUUUCUGGUCAGCUUUGAUAGGAUCUCUGUUUGGAUCCCAUAAAUUUUCAUCUGCAAAGAAUACUUUAGCAGCUGUUGACUCAACUUCUAGAAGUCAAGAUGCAGAAUUACCUGACAGGCAACGCCCUUUAAAUGAUUGGACUGAAGUCGAUGGUUUCUGGGAGUCUAACAACGUAUCUGCUUCUUCUUCACUAUCAAAUUCUAAUGUUAAUUCCCAAAAUACUCAAAUUGACGUGUCAUUACCACCAGGUUGGGAAAGACGUUUUGACAAGUCAACUCAGAAAUAUUAUUUUAUCAACCAUAAAUGUAAAAUCACUCAAUGGGAGGAUCCACGUGAACGUGGAAUGGAUGAAACACAACCUCUCCCGCCUGGAUGGGAGAAACGUUAUACGGCCCAAGGACAAAGGUUUUUCAUUGAUCAUAAUACCCAUACUACUACCCUUGUUGAUCCACGUACUGGACAACAUGCUGGUUCACUAGGUAGUAUGGGAGUCCCAUUGCAAUAUGAAAGGAAUUUUCGAUCCAAAGUGAAUUAUUUUCGUGCUUGUUGUACAAAUGCCAUGUUAAAUGGGCAAACUAAACUUCUUAUAUCAAGAGACAAUUUAUUAGAGGACUCGUUCCAACUGGUAUCUCAAAUGUCUUCAUCUGGUUUAAGAAGACGUUUAUCAAUUACAUUUCUACAUGAAGAAGGUUUGGAUUACGGUGGAGUAGCCAGAGAAUGGUUCUAUCGUCUUUCAAGAGAAAUUUUAAACCCAAUGUUUGGCUUGUUUGAGUAUACUGGAACAGAUUAUGCCUUACAAGUAAAUCCAGCCUCUCAUGUUAAUCCAAAUCAUAUGGCGUAUUUUCGAUUUGUUGGACGCUUUAUUGGUAUGGCACUUUUUCAUGGUCGCUGUAUUGAUGGCGGGCUUACUCUUUCUUUUUAUAAACAAAUUUUGAAGCGGAAAUUAACAUUAGAAGAUCUUGGUCAUACGGAUCACAGUUAUUAUCAAUCGUUAAUUUAUGUCAGAGACAAUCCAGUUGAUGAGUGUGAUUUGGACUUGUACUUUAUUGGAACCUAUGACCUUUUAGGCGUUUUACGUGAAGACGAACUUAUUGAAGGUGGCAAAGAUAUUAAAGUGACUGAAGAAAAUAAAUCCGAUUAUAUCAGACUGAUGGUUGAUUGGCGGUUCAACAGAGGAGUAAAAAAACAAACAGAAGAAAUUCACAAAGGUAUUUUUGAAGUACUAAAUCCCGAAUGGCUGGAAUUAUUCGAUGAGCGUGAACUUGAACUCCUAUUAUCCGGUAUGCCAGAGAUUGAUGUUGAUGAUUGGGAAAAGAACACGGUCUACAUAAAGUACACACGAUCAAGUAAACAGAUUAUUUGGUUUUGGAAGUUGAUUCGAAAACUUGAUAAUGAACAUCGUGCUCGUCUUCUUCAAUUCGUCACUGGUACCUGUCAUUUACCAUUAGGAGGCUUCUCUGAAUUGACUGGCAGCGGUGGUCGUCAAUUAUUUUGUAUUGAGCGUACAGGUGAUGAACAAUGGCUUCCACGUAGUCACACAUGUUUCAACCGGUUAGAUUUACCGCCAUACAAUUCGUACGAUCAAUUGUGCGAAAAACUGCAAAUGGCAAUUGAAGAAACUAAGGGAUUUGGACAAGAAUAA